UCAGAGGAAAUAUUCGAUGUUCUAACGUAAGUAAAAAAAGGAAGAAGAGUUUCGUUCAGAAAGAUAACCACGUGUCUCGUAGUUGGUGCGAGGUCUCACAUAUAAAAGCAUGCGUUGCUUCUUGACUUCCAGUCGGUGGGAGGCGAGUCUUUCAAAGAAGACGUCCUGUCCCGUCCGCGACUUUAAACCUCGAAAAAUUCGUACGGUGUCCUAACACCGGCUGCAUACCUUCUUGUGCCCAUUUACUUAAAGAUAUUGACUGUGUAAUACAUAUAGUGAUUUUGUAUAUAUAUUUUUAUAAACACUACAACCCACAGUUUGUAAUUAUUUAAUGUGAAGUGACGAGUUCCUGGCACCAGGAGGUAUUGUAAUCUCGAGUGGCAUUCAUACAUAAAUUUGAAAAAGAGAUAUUUUUAUAUGAAGAGGGCGUACAUUGGAAUUUAAUCUGCUGCGAAGCUAGAAGGAAAUAACGGGCGUAACCAUGACGUCUGUCAGAUAGACUGUUUGGAGACCUGCGUGAGAAUAUAAGACUGAUAUUUUUGGAUAUCGUACUAUAGGAUAUUGUACACAGUAUUUUAUCCUGGAUCUAUAAUUAAUAAUAGAAGAUGAUGGACAUAUUUAAUCAAUUUUUGGACCCCUUCCUAUUGACUGGAUUCUUAAUUGGAGUCCUUUAUUUCUACUUCAUUGCGACCUUUGACUUUUGGGCUAACAAUGGCGUGCCAUACAGAAAACCCACUCUCCUACUGGGAAAUUUUGGGCCGUUGCUACUUUUCAAAAAAUCCCAGCAAGACGGCAUAUACGACAUGUACAACUGGUUCAAGAAUGAGAGAUAUUUUGGGGUCUAUCGCGUACGCUCCCCUAUAUUUAUCCUGAGGGAUCCGGAUCUGGUAAAGAGUGUCUGUGUCAAGGACUUCAGCUGCUUUCCCAAUCGUGGGAUACCAGUAAAUACACAGGAUCCGCUAUCGGGACAUCUGUUCAAUCUAGAGGGAAAGAAGUGGAAAGGUCUCAGGUCAAAGUUGACUCCGACGUUCUCCUCUGGAAAAAUCAAACGCAUGUUCUACCUCCUGGUCGAAUGCUCGGAGGAGUUUCAGAAGCUCAUCCGGCAUUCUGCAACUGGCGCACCUGUCGAGGUGCGUGAGUUAGCUGCCAAAUUCACCAUAGACGUCAUUGGCUCCUGUGCCUUCGGCAUACAAAUCAACGCGCUGGCCAAUGAAGACUCCGAGUUCAGGAUAAUGGCUAGUAAGCUUUCAAAACCUAGUUAUAAGACCACUUUAUGGAGGAUGCUUCGGACAUCAAUGCCAAGACUCUAUAAACUCUUGGGGGUCCAAGUAAUUCACCCUGAGGUCACCACGUUCUUCAAGAAUGUUGUCUCGCAGAUGAUAAGAGAACGUGAAAAGAGCACUAUCAAAAGACACGAUUUUAUGGAUCUACUGAUAGAAUUGAAGAACAAGGGUAGUCUAGAGGGCGAUAAUGGAAGUACACAGGGACUGAACGAAGAGGAUGCUCAGGCUGCUAAAGACAUUGUUCUGGAUGAGAACUCCAUAGCAGCCCAAGCCUUUGUCUUCUUUGCUGCUGGGUACGAGACGUCCUCCACCUCAAUAUCCUUUUGCCUGCACGAAUUGGCCUUGAAUCCUCAGAUUCAGGAAAAACUUAGAGAAGACAUUUUACAAGGGAUUGAGAAGCAUGAUGGAAAACUCAAUUAUGACUCCAUACAAGAGAUGAAAUACCUGGACAUGGUUGUGCAAGAGACACUUAGGAAGUAUCCUCCAGCACCGUUGAUGUCGAGGAGGUGCGAAUACCCUUAUCAAGUACCGGGCACAAAGAUUGAACUGCCUGCGGGGAUGCGGGUCGUCAUUCCUACUUAUGGACUGCAUCAUGACCCGGAUCAUUAUCCUAAUCCGGAACAAUUCAUUCCGGAACGGUUUACCGAUGAGAAUAAGCGAACUAGACAUCCCUAUACUUAUCUUCCUUUCGGCGAAGGUCCAAGAAACUGUAUAGGAAUGCGGUUCGCGCUUCUUCAGACGAAGGUUGGCAUCAUUUCAUUCGUGAAGAAUCAUCGUGUGGAAGUCUGCGAAAAGACGACGGUUCCUAUUAAAUUCAGCAAGCGCAGCCUCGUUACUACAAGCGAAGGCGGAUUCUGGCUGAAGAUAUCACCAUUGGAAUAAAUAACUCUGAAGAAUUGGAAGUCAAAAUAGUUCAAUACUAUUUGGAGUAUGUCUUUAUCAUAUUCUAAACCAAUCAAAGGAGUUUUGUGUCUAUUGGCAAUGGAUAAAUGAUUGUUUGUUCUGCUUAAUAUCAGUUAAAAAUCAUAAGAAUGGUGCGUGCGAUGACUAAAUUUUAAUCGUCGUUGGGAUAUACAUAGUCUGUUUAUAUGAAUAUGGAAAGGUUUAUGUACCUCACGAGCACGUACAAUAUUAUACUUCGCGAUGUCAUGACACGUUAUUUAUGCUUUACUUAAUUAACAUAAGCUAUCGGUAUCAGAUAUAUAAGCAAAUGUAUUAAAUUAAAGACUUCUUUGGCUAUGUAACGUUAUCGAGCAGUUUAUUGAUAUAAGUUCUCAGGUACGAAUAACACCGUUAAGCCUACAUGUAAUGGGAUUUAUGUAUUGUUUGUAAAUAGAGUUUAUGGAAAUAA